AAUAUAUCACUUCUCUAACUAGAAUUCUCUCUCUCUACCUAAAUGGACAAGAAAAUAUGCAAUAAUUCUCAAGAUGCAGAAGUGAGGAAAGGGCCGUGGACCAUGGAAGAAGAUCUCAUUCUCAUAAAUUAUAUCGCUAAUCAUGGCGAAGGCGUCUGGAAUUCACUAGCUCGUUCUGCCGGUCUUAAGCGUACUGGAAAAAGUUGUCGUCUGCGGUGGCUCAACUACCUUCGACCGGAUGUUAGACGGGGGAAUAUCACACCUGAAGAACAACUUUUGAUCAUGGAGCUGCAUGCUAAGUGGGGAAACAGGUGGUCGAAAAUUGCUAAGCAUUUGCCUGGAAGAACAGAUAAUGAAAUAAAAAACUAUUGGAGGACAAGAAUUCAGAAGCACAUUAAGCAAGCUGAUCGAACUUUUACAGGACAAAAUCCUACUCAAGUUCAUCAUGAUCAAGCAAGUACAAGCCAAGUCUCCAGUUCCUGCCGUCCUGAUAAUGCAGUUGAAACUUACUCUCCGCCGCCGUUUGAAGGAAAUAUGGAAACUUUCCAUGGACCUUUCCCCGCUGAAUCAAAUGAGAACAUAUGGAGCAUGGAGGAUCUUUGGUCCAUCCAGUUACUUAAUGGUGACUAAAUAUAAAUUAAUUAUCCAUGAUAAUUGAUUAAAAUCCGAAACCCCAGUAUUAAUCAGUUCUGCCUUAGUUCUACAGUGGAAUCUGCUUUUAUUCAAGUACUGUAAUAUGACGACAAUGUACGAUAAUUUACGUAAAAAUAUAUAUUUAUAUAUAGUUUGCA